AUGUCGAGAGUUAUCACGUUUGUGACAGGUAACCAAAAUAAGCUGCGCGAGGUGCAAGCUAUUAUUGAGAGCUCACCAUCGAUGAACUGGAAGCUUGAAUCGCGUGCUUUGGAUGCACUUUUGUUCCACGCACUUAAUGGUCUGCCUGGACCUUACAUUAAAGACUUUCUUGGCCAUGUGGGUCAUGACGGUCUGAACCGCAUGCUCGCUGGCUUCGACGACAAAAGCGCAACUGCCUUGUGCACCUUUGCAUUCUGCGCAGGUCCAGAGGCAGAGCCGAUUUUAUUCGAGGGAAAAACGCUCGGGCGCAUCGUACCUGCACGAGGACCAGCGAACUUUGGCUGGGACCCGAUUUUCGAGGUUGACGGCACGCACAAAACGUACGUACAUGUAUUUAUUCUCUGCUUUCUAACGUCCUGA